CCCACGUGCCAACUCUCUGGAAACCCCCAGAGCCAGUUUGCAAAAACAGAACGGUGAAAAAAACCAACUCCUCUUUGGCUCUGUUUUUAUCCACUUCCAAAGUUUGAAACGGAUUCAGAGAGAGGGAAUUAAAAAGCUAAGGAAAUCCGAGGAGAGAGAGAGAGAGAUGGGGCCUAAGAAGAAGCAGCAAGGGAAUGUGGUGGGGACAGUGGUGAGGACAACCAGGAGAGUUGUCCAACAAACUGUGCAAGUUGCUGUGGUUGAGGGAAACCAGACCCUCUUGGAUCAAUGUGAAGAACAAGAACAAGAAGAGGUACUUGUAACUCCUAGUUAUCCUAGUACUAGUACUAGAAAGAGAAAGAUUGUUGUUGUUGAAGAUAGUAGUAAAGCACAAGAUAAGCAGCCACUUGAAAGAGAGGAUGUAGUCCAAGAACAAGAAAAAGAACAAGAACAGGGAGACGAAGAUGAGGAAACACAAGAAGAAGAGCAAGGAGAAACCGUAGAAGAAACAGAGGAUCAAAGGGUUCCACCAACAAAGAAAGAAGACGGCCAGAAGUACAAGACCCACGGAGAUGACACAGAAAAGAAGAAGACUACACAACCAGCUCAAGAGAUUGAGAAAACGAAGGCGACCCACGAAGGUAAAGAGAGCGGAAAGAAGAGGAGGGGGAGGAGACCAGGAAGGCGUAGAACGGCUUCCAACACCGGCGAAGUGUACAAGAGGUACGCGUAUAGAGUGCUGAAGCAAGUCCACCCUGAGUUGGGCGUAUCAUCCAAGGCCAUGACGGUGCUCAACAACUUCGUGAACGACAUGUUCGAGCGGCUGGCGGACGAGGCGGCUCGGCUGCUCAAGUACACGGGGCGGAAGACGCUGAUGUCGAGCGAGAUCCAGGCGGCAGUGCAGCUUGUUUUGCCCGGCGAGCUGGGGAAGCACGCCGUUGUUGAGGGCACCAAGGCUGUAAAAGCGUAUUUGGCCAGCACCGCCGCUGCAGGAGGCGGUGGUAGGUCCAAGUCUUAGCAGUGUUUGAGAUAGCAGUGGUAGUGGAACCAUAUGUAUAGGUACAAGUGAAUGUAGACCUUUUUUAGGUCAAAUAUUUUGUUACGUACGUAUUUACUUAUGCUUGGUAGGGGUUAGUUUUUUUGUCAACAGUUUAGGGGUUAGCUUUGAUAGGUUUGUGUGUUGAGGUUGGCUUAUACAUGGAGGAGCCGUGAAUAAGUCGUUAGCGGAGCUGCACGUUUUCAGUCGUUCGUUUCAGCAUUGG